AUGCUCUCGCCUUUUGCGAUGAUGAUGCCGACGGGAGUUCGACUUCACAACUCUAACACAACCCCACAGAACCCACAGGCGUUCAGUCAUUCUCACAAUACUUUGACUGACAAAGAAUGGCUUAACAAGGUCGAAGUAGAAUUCCAAAAACUCGAUGGUCUGUUUGGCGGAUUAUUGAGGGAUGUCAAUGAGAGCACAGUGGUGAUUUCACGCCUAGAACAACAAGUCGAAAAGGAUGGAAAGGUUAUAGAAGCUCUCAUGAUUGAGAAAAGACGGUUGGAAGCCAAGAACCACCAGCUUCAGAAAGAGUUACAGUUGCAGAUGGCAACCCAGGCCCACCUCCCCAACUUCAGCUUAAAACAAUGA